GCUAUUGCUUCCACAUCCCUUUAGAAACGAAAAUGGACAUCCCAAGAGCCUGCGAAACAUCGCAUAGAACGACCUCUCGCCCACUAAUCUUGUUCAAUGAUAGUGCCGAGCGGGAUCCACUCUACGUGCAGGGUCCGUAUAUUAGGGAUCGGUGGGCUGACGGGCAAUAGCUCUGGCGAGCAUGCUAGUGGGAUGGGAGGGCAAAAUCCCGGCAUGAGAGAAGGCUCCUGGCCCGACUGGGUGGAGAGGGGGAGCAGAGAUUUGCCUAGUUAUGCACUUAUGCGAACCCAGCACUUGUCUCCGAGCCAGCACAGACUGGUUGCCCGCAUCACGCCUUGCACCCGAGCCCGCCAAAGCACCAGCGCACCCAGUGUUUCUUCAAAGCACGGAACUUGCAGAGUGGAAGCGGAGGGCCCAUGCGGUGGAGGCGACGAUCCGCACAUCCGCCUCCUGGCUUGUGCACAUCCCCCGAUUUUCCCAAGCGAAGCAGUGCGGGCUAUCAAUUUGCAUCUAUUCUAUCCACUGGGCGAGAGCCAGCGGCAGUUGCCAAGGCUUGCUGAUAAGAGGGGUUUAGAAAGAUGCUGAUGAUUUUCGUCUAGUACGCGUGGAUCCUCCUGCCAAAUGCCUCAAAACGCACUCCCUGCCUAGUGCGCACUGCCAAAUCAGACGCAUCUCGCAUUGCUCUUCCUCCCAA